GAGGUGCAAACCAGCCGCGAAUUCGAAAGGCGGCCAGUUGCUGUCCGCGCGUCGUUCGAGACGCAUCGUCAGAAUUUUAUUUUCGAAUUAAUCGUAUCGAGGUAAAACGUCGUCGUAAUAAUAGUCAUCGUAGUAAUAAUAGUCAUCGUCGUAGUCGUGAUUACAAAAAAAAACAAACUCAAUGCUUCGAUUUAUUUUUCAAUAAAAAGAAGAAGAAGAAGAAUAAACAAACAAUCAUUUUCGAUAAAUCAAAUCGACGAUUAUUUUCGAUCACGAUUACGCGUAACGGGACCUUGAUCCCGUAUCGUACGGGGGCAUCUUAUUUUCGAGAAUACAUUAACGUCAGUGUCUUCAGUGUUUUAAGAGAAAAGAGAUAUAUCAUCAUCGGAUUGGCUGACACCAGACCGAAAUAAAUACGAGAACACCUGACGUAAUAGUUUCGCGAUGAUGAUAUCUUACGUUAUUAUUAUCGUGAAUUCACUUCGUUCUAAUUGGAUUUCAACGAUCUACCGAAAAAAAGGAGACCAAGUGUUUUCGAUACCAUAAAUUUAAUCAGUCGAUGGAUCUUAACUCGAAUAAACGAGACAAAUCAUACGAUAUUAUUAAGUACAGUGUAGAAAUCAGGAAUAAUGAUUCUACGAAAAAUAUUACCACCGAUAGAAUAACGUAGUCAAGUUCGUGGCGGGCUCUUUGACGUACGCCACGAAAAAACCCCCAUAAGAACACUAACUUUACAUUUUUAAUAUUUAAAUAUAAAAAAAGAAUAUAUAUUGAGAAAAAAAUAUUCGAGAGAGAGAAAGAGAGAGAGAGAGAGAGAGAAUCAGAAGAAUAUAUUAUUUCGUUAAACGUGUUGAAAAAUUCGGUUCUCCUCGAAGGAUCCGGUCUCUCGGUUCGGAUUACACCAUGUAAAAAAACCAUCUGGAAAAUUAAAAGAAGAGAAAGGAAGGAAGGGAAGGAAGGAAGGGUCACACAAAAUGGGAGCAGCGAAAUUCGUGUUGGGUAGUGCGAUUCUCGGAGUAUUUUGGAGCUGUUUGCUGAUGAAAGGUGUCCUGACGAAUUCAACGAACAGGUGCGACUAUUCGCCCUGCUCCUGCGAUCACUAUGGCAGGUUGACUUGCGACUGCAAAGAGGAAGGAGAGGAAUUGAUCCUGAGCACGGAAAGCGAGAAGAAAUUGAGCCCGCACACUAGUAGAAUAGUCGUGAACAAUUGUUCGUCCGUGAUCGUAGCGAACUCAAGUUUGAUAUCGAUGAUUGGUCUACGAUCAGUGGAUCUGGUGAACGUGGGGAAUCUAAGCUUGGUCAGGCAAAGCUUCAAACUUUCGUCUCACAGCGCGCGGACCAGGAUAUCCGUGAGGAACUGCAGCAUAGACGUGCUGCCUAGUUUCGUGUUUGGUGGGGACGUGGAAGCGAUAAGCUUCGAGAACGUGAGGAUAGGUCAGUUGAGCGCGUUCGCUUUCGCGAAUCUCUUUCACACGGAUACCCUGAGGUUGGAAAAUUGUCAGAUCGAGAAUACGGAGGCGCAAUCAUUCAAAAAGUUCGACGUGGGAUAUUUGCACGUGAUCGGUGGUAGUUUCGGUGAACAAGUACCCAGUCGUACGAUGAACGACAUCGAGGUACACCACAAGUUCAUGCUGGACGGUGUCAAAAUGGGUAUUGUCAGGAGCGAGGCAUUCAUCGUCAGAAGCCCACGUACCGUUGCAAUUCAAAACUGUCUGAUAGACGGUCUUGAAAGCGAGGCCUUUGAUGUCACAGCUCAAGGUGCAGUAAUAAUAAAGAAUAACACCUUUGGAAGUUUAGCCGUAGGCGCGUUUCUCGGUAUAAGAUCCGAUCCGGAAACUAGGCCACCACCGGCUUCCUCAUCUUCCGCUAAUCUUCACGACCUCAUAUUCAAGAACAACAGCAUAUCCACGUUCGAGGAGGGAUCAUUAAUGUUCGAUCGUUCGAGCUUUCGCCCAGAACUCGAUGAUCUGUUGGUAAAACAAUCCUGCGAUUGUCAGAUGUUACCAUUAUGGAGGAACAACGUAUUAAAUUACACUAACGUAUACUCGAGAUUUUACAUGAGACAAAACGCGGUUGUACCACCUAUUUUAUCGAGCCAAGAUUCAUCUAUAGAAUCACCGGAUAGUUUUCUAUUUUGCAUGGACGUUGAUACGAUUGUUAGUUUCAACGAUUACGAUACCAGACAUUGUUCUUUAGGUGGAUCUAUGCUGAUAUUGAUUGUCGCGAUAGUUGGUAUUAUCGUUACGUUAAUCAUUUUCGCGUGCCUGAUCGUCUGGUGUUGCAAAAGACGACGUAAUAACGAUAGAAAACGAUGGAUGAGCGUACCGACCAAUGCACCUGAUGUUGUAUCCAAGAAAAAUGGUGUCAUAGGUAGAGAAAUAGCAACGACGGGUACCCCGGUAGACAGCAGGAUAACCAUGGUCGUACCAGAUGGUAGACUCUACAGGGAAACCGAGUUCCAUGUUAUCGUAGAAAAGGCCGAGCCCCUGACCACCGAAUUGUAACGAGAAGCCUCAUACGACUCGGCGCGUUCCAUCAACGAUCGAAUUCAACAUUUCGAGGAUGAUCAUCAAAGGGAAAUGGAACCGUCGGGCUCGUCAACUGUCGCCAAUUCUUCCUCUCGUUUUAGAGUGUACAAGCUUUGAUACGAUACGUCCGAAAUAAAUAACAAUCAAUUGAACGAACAACCUAAUUGCAAUUGCAACUGCAACUGCAAUUGCGCAACAAGAACGACGACAACAAUUUUAACGAUCAGACUAAACGUUAAGCGUGUGAUUUUUUUGAUGUGCGUGAAUCAUUUUUCUUCUUCUUCUUCUUCUUACUCUUCCCUUUCGUCGUAAAAUAAUAAUGUUAGGGAAAGGAAAAGAAAAGAAAAGAAAAAUCAUAGAACUGGAACGUUUUUGAUAAAUGCGAAUGAUGAUUGUACCUCCUUAACGGUUCCUCCAAAACUUUUGUUUCUCCACGUUUACAUGCGUGCAUUAUAUGCGACAAACAAACAAAAUGAUAUCUAUAUGUAUAAGACGAUAAUGUGAUGCGUUAUGUCAAAGAAAAAAAAAGCAAACUAUAACAACACGUAGUCCUGACUAUAAAUCCUGCAACUGGCGAUUGAAAAUGUUGUCAAUGAAACAAAAAAAAAUUAAGAUAACCCCUUACCUAUUCGCUAUUGGAUUUGUUUAGUCGAGUAUUCUCCUAUUAGUACAAGACAGUGUUCGUAAGCUUCCCAUUAACAUAUCAUAAAAGCACGAGUACCGAUUAUCCGAGCAUCUCUUUGACCAUUCUUUUACUUUUGACCAUCUCCCAUCUAUUGUUAUACUUUUUUUUUCUUUUUCCUUCUUUCCUUCCUUUUUUACUUACUUACUUACUUACUUACUUACUUACUUUGAGGCGGUCACGUUCCUCUCAGCGGUUAAGAGAUUUCCGAUCGAGGUCACGAGGACGGUUAAUCGGUCGUCGUUGCUAGUUAAGUUUAUAUCGUUAGGUAGCUUUCAAAAGAAGACGGCUGGUUAUCUAAGAAGAAGAAGAAGAAGAAGAAAACUACUACGACGAUGACGACGAACCACGUUUCAAGUAAUACGAGAAAACACAGAGAUGAGUUUCUUCAUUUAGAAUUCUAUUCGUUCCUUUCAAAAGCACGGAUUCAGUAGAAGAAGAGAGAGAGAGAGAGAGAGAGAAGAACCUUAAGAAUCUUCUUAACAAACUUAAUCUCGUAAUUUUUCAUUUGAUUUUUAAUUCUAAAGCAACCAAACCAGCCAGAGAAAGAGAUAUAUUAAAUAUACCCGUCAGUUAUACAUAUAUACAAACACACCAACCAACACAUGUAUAUUAUCUCAAUAGAAACAGAUUAACGUUAGCUAAAAAAAAGAAAGAAAAACAAAAAAAGCUCGGAUAAUAAAAUCACCUAAAUUAUUUCCUUAUUCCAUUAUGAUUUCAAUAACGAGAGACAUACAAACGAUGCAAGUGAAAUCACUUAUUUCUUUUUUCUUUUCUCAUUAAAUAAUUAAACAACAAGAGUCAUUACGUAAAAGAUUAAUAAGAAACCGAUAGAUCCUAGAUCUGAAUUUGCAUAGACACAGAAGAUGCAGAAUAAGAAGAAUUAGAAGAAAAAGAUCCUAACAAAAAAGUGCAAUGUUUAAAAAAAAUGUUGUCAGAGUAUUUUGUUCUUAUUUUAUUCUCUUGGUUGUCGUCGUUGUUGUUGUUGUUGUUGUAAUGCUUGUAAAAUGGUAUCCAAUACUUGGGCGAAAAUUCAUGCAUUAUUAAUGCACACUACUCGUCCCUUUUGCAACGAUAUUCCAAAGGUAAUUUCACCUUAGCCUGGAGCGAUAACGUCAGGCAGAAAUUGGGCCUCGAAGCUUCCGAGAUUAUUGCACGAGAUGACCUUCGUCUUACGCUUUACCUUGAGCCUUGAGAAAAUCUUUCAAGGUUUAGAUAUAUUACUAUUAAUUAUCGUCAGGAUUUGCGAGCGUUAUACAAUGCAAUAACGUUGAAACAAACAAAGAAAUGCAUAGAUACGUGCGAAAUGCGGAGUGCUCGUUAGAAAAUAUUGCGGAGUAUACGUCUAACGAUUAUCGCUUUUUGGCGAAAAUUAAGUUUUCUAAUCGACCGUUUAUUAGUUUUAAUUAUCGUGAAACUGUGAUAUACGAACAGCUGACUAUGUAAUUUGUUUUUUUUACAUCGAACGACGUACGAUCGACGAUGAAGAAUAAAGAUCACUACGCUAAAUAAUUUUCAGCGAUAAAAA